ACUAGCGAGGGUCUGAUUGUGUCUGAUUGUCCCAAGCCUGGAUAAAUAAAGAGCUUGUGUCAGGACGGGGAUCUGAAGGAAAAUCUUUGCUGCUCCAAAUAUGCAAAUCAGGCUUAUCCAGUCUGGACUGGUGGAACCCGGGUUAACAACGAGCGCCAUCGGGGCUGUUCACUGAUGAGGAAGGCGUGUUUACAGUAAGAGAGAGAAGAGGAAAGUAAUGGGUGUUGGACGGAGAAUAGAGACUUUGGAUGUUGGAACAAUGACAGGAAAAGGUAGAGAGCUAGUCGACGUGAUGAAAAGAGGACAGACUGAAUUUUGCUUCUGCUCCACACGCUUUACUCUCUCUUUGCAAAUAAUUUUUGCUGAUUAUUAUUUUUUCUUUUGUAAUCACACCAGCAAUAACUUUGGAAUACCCCUAAACUAUCAAGUAUAGUUUUUACUCUUAACAAAGGCAUUCUUUUUGAAACAUUUGAUCUUAAACUACAUGUGUGAGGCCAACACACAGCUGAAGUCUGAUAUAAAGUUCCUGAGCAGCAGCUGACACGAGGCUGACUAACAAGAUGCCUCCCCUCUCCACAGAGUUAAGACCUUUUCGAGAAGAUAUCGUCACUGGAGACAAAGGUUCACCAGAUGGAAGUGAAUGUGGAGGUAGAUGGACUUGAAGGAAAUAAUGCAACAACCUCAGGAGAGAAGAAAAAGCUAACUCGCAGCUGAAAGGCACAGAUUCCAUGACAGAAACAGCAUCAAUGCAUUACAACAGAUCAUGGGGCGAUAAUCCUCCCUGGAACCAUUUUAGCGGCUCUGAUCAUCUGUUUCAUGGAGAAAAAUGUUACAGUUUAUUCACAUUCAAAGGCGUAAAAACUGAUAGUUCUGUAAAGGUUUUAAAAUAUCAUUUUGAAAGGGUUUUCUAAAGUUUAGGAAAUUUCUGCUUACGCAGCGGCUAAAGUUAUAAUAUUCCAGCUCCCUGAUUGAUUCUGACGCCGUCUUGUGUGUGACCAUUUUAUGCUUAGAUAAAUACCACCCUCAUUAAUUAAAAAAAAAAAAACUGGAAAAAGUUUUGAAAUUGAAAUUAUGAGUUUUGAAACCUAAAAAGUUAAACAUUUAAAGCUGAAAAUAAUGAAGUUUAUUUUAGAAUAGCAAAACGUUUUGGACAUUUUACUUCUUUUUGACCAAACACUAUUAUUUUUUUUCCCAGUUUGUUUUAUUUAAGUUUCUAAUAAUUUUGCCCCUAACUUAGCUCCAUACAUCUCCUCUGGAAACACGAGGACCCUCUACAAACGAGGUAUUAGGUUGGAUGCAGAGACAGAACUCCACUGAGAGGACGGGAGGCAGAGAGGGAGGCAGAAUCACGUGCGUGCAUGCGCGUGCGUGCAUGCGCCGUAGGAUCGCUCCUCACCGCGGCUGCUCGGAGUGAGGAUGAUCUCUGUCCUGGAGCUGACGUCCCGCUGAUGCAGCAGGUUCUGGUGGACCUCUGUCGGGUCAGUCGGGAGGAACUCGCCUCUCCUCGGUCCGGUUCUGCCGGUGAAGUCCUCGGAGCGCAGACCCGUUCCAUGAGUGUGAUGAGAGGAGCAGACAGGUGAGGGACAAGGACCGGAGAAUUCCGAGGCGCUGGAUGUGACCGUGAAGAGACCGCUCCUCUUUUUCCCUCUCCAUCCUGCGUUCAUCCCCAGCUUCCCACGUCACUGGAACCUUUCAAUCUGCUCUGACAUUCAUGCUAAUCUGAUUAUGAAGAUUUCCUCUGAGGUGCCUCUUCAUCAAUGACGGCCAAGAUGGAGACUCCUUUCUACCAUGACGACUCCUCUGCCGUCACCGCCUUCAGUCACGUCACAGAGUAUGAUCACUACCCAGGAAACAAGACGCUGAUGAGCAAGAAGGUCAUGCCAGUGGCCAGCGGCCAUCCCUUCCUUGGAGGCUCCGGUAGUGUUACAGGAGGAAGGGCUGCAAACCAAAGCAGUCUGGGGCUUGCUGGGAACGGUGGGCUGCUGCCGUCAGGAGCCUCCUCUGCUGCGCCCCCCACAGACUUAAACCUGCUGAAGCUGGCCUCCCCUGAGCUGGAGCAUCUCAUCAUUCAGUCCAACCAAGGACUGGUCACUUCAAGUCCAGUCCCAGGGUCCACCAACCCUUUCAUCUACCGAGGCCAGGCCACCAACGAACAAGAGGGGUUUGCAGACGGCUUUGUCAAAGCACUGGCAGACCUUCACAAGCAGAACCAGCUGGUGGGAGGUGGCCACAUGUCUCCACCUUCCUCCUCUAGCGUUUCCCUUCAAGCAUCUUAUCAAAGGAACUUGAUGUCGGGUGGAGAUAUGCCGGUCUACACAAACCUCAGCAGCUACAGCCCCGGCCAGAUGCCUUAUUCUGGAGGGCAGAUGGCGUACAACGGAGGAUCAGGUCCUGGUGCAGGAGGUGCUCCACCCCACCACCCUAGAGGCUUGGAUGCUCCUCAGACUGUUCCAGAAGUGCCUCACCCAGCAGGUGACCCCACCUCGCCACCCUCACUUUCCCCCAUUGACCUUGAGACGCAGGAGCGGAUCAAAGCUGAGCGAAAGAAGCUCCGCAAUCGCAUUGCGGCGUCAAAGUGCCGCAAACGGAAGCUGGAGCGGAUCUCCCGACUGGAGGAGAAGGUAAAGGUCCUGAAGAGCCAGAACUCUGACCUCGCCUCCACCGCCGCCAUGCUUCGGGAGCAGGUCGCCCAGCUCAAACAGAAAGUCAUGAGCCAUGUCACCAACGGCUGCCAGAUCACUGUUGGAGCCGCAUCCUCCAAAUCCCGAGGAGGAUGCACUGGGAGGGAGGAGUCCAGCUGCUGAGGAGGUGCUGUGGCUGGAGGGUUACAGCCACGGUUUCCACACUUUGCUGGAGCUUCAGCACAGAACAAGCUUUGGUGUCAGUGUUGACGCAGCAGAACCAGAGAUCCCUCCUCAGCACCAGAGGGUCUCUGUCAGUCAUCCAGAUGGAGGUGGGGCUUACAAAACCAGCACAACCAAUCAGGCGACAUAGAACAUUACCAGUGAGUGAGAACAGACCAUUUUGGCUGCUAUUCUGCAUUUCUUUGAACUCUCUUACAGUCAGGUUUGAACGUUUCCUGAACAGUGUGUUUUUGUCUCAUUAUGCUCCUUUAAACUGCUCAAAAUGUCUUCAUUCAUUGAGAAUCAGCUCUGCUGAUCAGGGCAAACGUUCAGAGGAUUUAUAACCAUUAGAAAACCUUAAAAUGACAUUUUUAACUGUAACUUCAGAUCUUUUUUAUUUUAAUCAGAAAAGAGAAGACCGAUGAUAUUUUAGAUUCUGUGAUAUGUUAUUUUGCUGUGACAAUUUAAAACAGGAAAACAACUUUCCUGAUUCCUUUUAUAACAUUGUUCACAAUGUUUCUGCAAAAGGUAAAAGAAGGUCAAAGGAAUCGACAAUAAUUACAUUUAUUAGUAAAGAUGAAUUGUGUGUUCGUUCAUCAAAAAGACAUCUUUUCUUUAAAGAAGACGUUUGAAUUGACAGCUCUGUUUUUAUAGUUCAUACUUGUGUUUUUUUGGCAGCUGUUCCUGCAGGAAGUUUUUCUUAUUGGCUCAAAGUAAAACUGCUCUUGGAAGUUUUUUGUUUUUUCCUGUGAGGUUUGUGAUGUGGCAGAAAAAAGCUCUUAAUAGUUUUCAUCAGGAAAUCAGACGUUUUUUCUUAAAACAGAAUCAAGAUAAACAAUCAUUUCCAUCUUUAUCUUAGCUUUGUAUCCUGGCUUUAUUUCAAAAUCAAUUCAAAUGUUUGAGAGACAUUUCAACGUAACUCGUGUUGUAGAUUCACAUUUCUGCAACAGGAGAAAUAAAACUUUUUGUAUUUAUAAUUUUCACACAGCUACAGAUGAAAUGUUUCUUCAGGGGGUCUGGGUCUGGGUCUCCCUGUGGCGGUCCCCAGCCCGGAUAAACACAGGGUUGUGUCAGGAAAGACAUGAAACUCAAUGAAACUCAAUGAAACUCAUGCAAUUGUUGCAGUGAUCUGCAGAACAGGAAACAACUGAAGAUCUUUGUAAUAUUGGUCCUUCAUGGUUUUUACACUCCUAUCAGUGAGAUGGUUUGUGCAUUCCUGUUCAUAGAAUUACAAUCUCUGAUUAUAUUUGGUGAUUUUUUUGAUUGAGUUGAUAUUUAUGUGUAACAUUCUGAACUUUGUGGUUUUUACUGUUAGCCUGAAAAAGCAGCAGGAAGGUUUGAUAAAAUGAAGUGAAGUAAAUGAUCAGGUGGACGUUGCUGCUCAUCUCCGUGUUGACGGCAGUCUUUUAGAUCCGGCUCUGAAGAUCUGACGCUUCAGGAUAAGAGAGCCGAAUUGUUCUGGAGGUCAUCAGGGACUUCCCAAGUCUUUGUGUAGCAACUUUGGCUCAUCAGUGUUUUUACUCUUCUCUAAUGAGACAUUUAGAAAAUGUAAUAACAGAUUAAUGGAUGUUUUUUACCUGAUGUUAUGGCAUCAAAAGAAGUUCUCGAGGAGUCUUCCUUCAUAGGACGGUGGAAGAAAUCCUGUAGAGCCCGCCCCCUCUUUUCUAUUAUUUUUUUAAACGAGUCCUAAUAGUUUGGUGUCUUUUUUUACCGUUUUCCUGACAACUGGACGGAGAACUUUAACACCUCUGAAAGAUAAAUGUCAAAGGUCAGCACCAACUGUGUUUUCAACUGUCCUGUCUGGAGCAUCUGGUCGCUAACAGCUGGGCUACGUCACCAUGAUGGAGUCAUGCACUAUGAAAUGUACACUGUGAAGCCUGCUUAACGGAAAUGGAUUCAUUUGAUUUGUUAAUAUGCAUUGUGAGCUUUUAUUGUCUUAUUGCUUUCUCUGCAAACAGUUCCUUGUUGUUGUUUUUCAGUCCUAAACUUUAAGUCAAGGACCUCCAGAUGGUUUCCGUAGUUCUAGAUGUUUUUACAACUUUACUGCUGAGAAGAGAGAACUAAGAAAGAUCUUCACUUCUGUCACCCACAGACAUCAGUGGAUAAAUCAAACGAAGGAAAUGUUUUUAAACAGCAAUUGAAAUAAAAAAGACCUUUAAAUGA